AUGAGACCUUCGAACCCGAGCCUCGAAGUGGACCGGUCCGAAAACAUAAACCCAAAUUGGCACGAGAAUGUGCUGAUUCAAUCGGGCGAAUUCGAAAUCGAACCGAUUUGUGCUUAUAAUCCAAUCAACGCAAAGCAGAGCGAGUCGCCAAGGGCAACGUUGAACGAAGACUCCCCCGACAUGGAGGGCGGAAGAAGGUGGGAGGAGAUGCCGGUGGACUGCCUGGUCGACAUCUUCCGGCGGCUCGGCCUCCACGACCUCACCCUCUCGGUGCCCUUCGUCUGCAGGUGCUGGCGGCGCGCCUCCCUCGAUCCCGGCUGCUGGCGGCGCCUCGACUUCCGGUCGCUUGACUUCAUGCCGUGGAGCCACUUCUCCAGGAGCUUCAACUCUUGCUACCGCCUCAGCAGCCUUUCCUUCUCCGCCUUCAUGAGGUUCGUGGUCGCCCGCAGCCGCGGCUCCGCGGCGGAGCUCCUCUUCCCCUUGUCCUUCGGCGCGUCGAUCCAAGACCUGACCUUCGUCUCGAUGAAAUGCCCGAGGUUGAAGCGUCUGGCUUUGCCUGAAAACUUUAUGCUAGAAGACGACCUGCUCAUCCCGGAGCUCGUCGGGCGAUGGAGAGACCUCGAGCAGCUCGAGAUGGAGACGAAGCCCUCCUCCUUCUUGGAGAUGAUCGCCGUGAUCGGCCGUAACUGUAGCAGGUUCGGCCGGUUGAAGGUGCGCGGUCUGAUCGGCAAGGAAGACGCGAGGGCCAUCGUGGAUUGUCUUCCGGACCUGAACCACUUGGAGCUGAGCAAAUCCUACUUGACGAAGGAGGAGUUGGUGGUGAUCGUAAAUGGCUGCAGAAAGCUAGAAAGAUUGACCGUGAAGGAUUGCCUGGGUCUUCAAGUGGACGAUGAGGUGGUCAGAUCGGCGUCAAGGAUCAAGUGCUUCGAACAUGAGGGUUCGAAGCUGCUUGAUGAUUAUGGAUAUGAGACAGAUGAAUCGGAGCAGCAAUCUGGAUUUUUCUACUGGUGAUGAAACCUACAUGUUUUCCGAGAAAAAAGUGGCCUAAAAGAAUGUUCAUUUCAUCUCUUAGUUUGGUGAGCUAACUAAGAAAAAGGAAUCGGUCAGGAUAAUUAGCUGUGUCUCAAACUUUGGUUUCAGAAGAUAAUUUAUGAGCCAGUGGAUGAGAUCUUUUAUGUUUCUAAAUUAGCAUGCCAGAUUGGCAUAUCCAUUACUUUUGAGUUCCUAUAGGUUACUGUUGGUCGGCUGUAUUGUGUUUACGUAACAGAUGACAGGUACAACAACAACAUUUGUGAUAUGAUGCGAGUGUCAAUCGGAGGCGAUCACUUUUGCUUCUCGCUUAGAGUUGCUGAAACCGACGGUAUCGACAUACAGAAACAAAUCACAAAUUGCAGGAGAAAGAACAAAAGCUGUCUUCUUGCUGCAGAAGGGGUCAACUUGGAAUGAAAGGCAAUAGGGUGGACACUUGGGAUGAACUACGCCGAUCGACUUGUCCAAUCUACAAUUUAUAAUUACGUUUUUUACUUCAAUAUAUAUAUAUCAAAUCUUGAAAACUAUUUUUAAUUCGACAAAUUCUCAAUUAGUGUUUUUGAGGAAUUACAGCUUAUUUAGACUAUUUAGAGGAUGCUUUUGAUUUAAGAAUAAAUCCGUCUUUAUCCGCGCACACGUGGAAUGACGUGGUGCGUCUUGCGCGUCUCAUGGCCCUUUGGGUCCCAUGUCGGUGCAUCCAAUCACGAGACGGGGCGGAAGGGUGUGGGCUGCAAUGCUAGCGUUCGGCCGAAGCAUCAUCCUCUCUCUCUUCUCUCGCUGCCGCUUGGGAAUUCUCGUGAGGAGAUUUGGGCAUGGAGAGAUUGCCGGGGGAGCUGUGCCUCAAGAUCUUCCACCUGCUGAACCAUAGAUCUCUCGCUGCUGCUCCCCAAGGGGCCUAAGGAUCAUCACAGAAGGUAAUGAUUACUAUCUCAUCCAUCAAGGUGAAAUCCAAAAAUACCUGGGCAUGCGCAAUCUCAGAAAUGAAAGUUGCGAUGAUGUAGCGCCUCUACAAGGCGUUGAAGAGCAUCACUCAGGGAUUCCGGAUAGAAUCCUUUUCUUUCUUGGGGAUCUUGAGGCUGCCUGUGCAGCGGCCAAGCGUUUACAGACGUGAACAUGCAUUUUCGUCAAAGAUGAAUGAAACAGCGCACUGUAUUAUUCGGUGCAGGAACUCCUUCCGGGAAAGUGAGUGUCAAAUCUCUGAUGUUUCCUUUGCUUAACAGCAUAAUUAUACAAUUAAUGGCCAACCACACCCGAGUAUGUGAGAGAAAGCUUCUUGCAGUACCAAGUUGUGUGGUGAACCAUUAAUGCAAACUGAGUUUUUAAUGUUGAGGAAAGUUGAUUUCGUAUGAAAUAAAUGCCACAGUGCACCUUCUACAUGUCCUAAAACUUUGGCAUUUCCUCUUGUAUGCAGAUUGUAGUGGGAAAGAGUUGAUGCUAUCACAGAAAAGAGUGCAUGUAACUUGAAAGGCAACCAAACAAGGAAGACUUUACCCGUCCUAUUGGGAACUGAUGCCAAGUUGCUGAAGGAUAUCUUACGUGGUCCAGAAAGAAUGAAAAGUUUGUUUGUGGAGAAAGAAUGUACCGUCUCCUCUUCUGCCGUAAUGACCUCAGUAAGUACAUAGAGAUCCUUAGCAUCUUGAUAGAUAAUGCUUUCUUGGAGCGGAAAAGAAGGUGAAGGGUCAACGUAAGCUGAGGUUGACAAAAAAGCCUUCUUAUUUGCUCAAGACAGUUGACUAUGGGUGGCUCACAUCAACUUCAUUUUGGCAGAAUGAUAAUGUUGACAAUUGAACCGGUCAUAUGGCUGCUAGGAUCGAAUUGCGAGUGUAUUACGGCAUUAGACGUGAGGAAUCUGACUUUCUUCUUUGGCUGCAAUUUCCAAAUACAUAACACUUCGUUUCUUUUA